UAAUAUAACGUACUGUCCGGCUGUAAACACGAGCAACACUGUUAUCGAUACUGAAUUAAAACAAAACGCCUGGAUCAACGAGAGAAAGUCCACAACAUGAGGGAAAUUGCGCCGAUGACAAUUAUCCCUCAAAAUGCAACCGAUGAGGCAAGGAAAUCGGCUGAGGAAAUGGACGAACAACGCCACAAAACUGUUGCUUACGAAUACCUCUGUCAUUUAGAAGAGGCAAAAAAGUGGCUGGAAGCAUGUCUAAGGGAGAAACUACCUGCGACUCUUGACCUUGAGGAAAAUUUGAGGAAUGGAGUUUACUUGGCAAAGUUGUGCCAUUUUAUCGCACCCGAUGUUUUGCCUUAUAAUAAAAUAUACGAUCCUGAACAGAAACGAUAUGCCGUUGCUGGACUUCAGUUUCGCCACACAGACAAUAUCAAUCAUUUUAUAAAAUGCUUAAAGAGCAUGCAGCUGCCAUUGACUUUUCAACCAGAAACUACAGAUAUAUAUGACAAAAAGAAUAUGCCAAGAGUUAUCUACUGCAUCCAUGCACUCAGUACACAUUUAUUCAAAAUGGGAAUGGCGCCGCAGAUUCAAGACUUGUAUGGAAAAGUGAAUUUCACAGAUGAAGAGAUAAACGUUAUGAGCAAAGAAUUAAAAAAAUUUGGACUGCCGAUGCCAGCAUUCCAAAAAAUCGGUGGAUUAUUAACUAACGAAAUGCCAGGAAAUACAGCCGCUCUGCACGCGGCUGUAAUUGCCAUAAAUCAAGCCCUUGAUGCAGAGGUGGAAAACGCGAUGUUAGGAACCCUCCAAAACUCUGCCGCGAGAUUGAAAAAUAUUGAUUCUCGUAAUGUUCAGCGAUACCGCGAGAGUUUAUCCAAAGCUAAGGAAUUGAAGACACAAGCUGCACAGAAUAGGUCUCUGAAUGAUAGCUAUGUUCCUGAUGCUUACGACGAACUGUUGACCCAGGCUGAAAUUCAAGGACACAUCAAUGCGGUAAAUGUUCAGUGCGCUCUAGAAGAUGUUGUGGCUUCUGUUCACCAAGGAAUCGGGGAACCUUUGAUUAGUGCUCUGAGUGUGCCUGCACUUCAAUUGAAAAACGUUAUAAACGCGAAUGCUGAAUUGUAUGGAAAGGAAUUGCUUCAGUUAAUAGAAACUCCGGAAUGGAAAAUCAAAGCUGAUGAGCACCAAGGCUGCAAAGAUUUAGUUCAACGGUCUGUGGACAUCGCUAACGGAAUAGCAGAUGUUUCCCAACGACGUACCGAGGCAGUUCAGUUACUGAAUCAAUCAUUGCAAAAUGGUGAUCAAAGAGACCUGCUAAACUCACUGAUGAAUCCAAAUUUGGGUUUAGCUUACUACAUCGAUGAAUUUGCCGCACCUUUAUAUUACGAGGAGAUGAAGAUCGACUGUAUCGAGUCUAAGAAAGAACUCACCUACAGUGAUAUUAUUGUUAGCAUAAAAGUUUUAUCUUCAAUUGCGGCUGUCAGCAAAGCAGUUGACACUGGGAAUCCUGAAUUGACAUAUCAAGCACUGACCCACCCUGAAACUCACAUUAUGCUACUCGACAUAGAGAAUAAGGUGAAAUAUCACAGAGCAUUAGCAGCAGCUCGUAUUGAGAAACAAGCAGUAUUUGUGAGCGAAAAUCCUCUUUUGACAUAUGUGGACAUUCAGGAAUGUGUAGAUAUUGUAAACCAGCAAUGCCAGGAAGACAAUGCAGUUAUCCUGAUAUUGAACGAGUUGAACGAUGCAGUUAUAAAUAAUAGUAGAGCUGGCAUCAUCAAUACACUUCAAAACCCACUUCUCAAAUUGAGACAGCCAAUACCUCCAGCUGAUUCUUCUUUGUAUUUGAAAUUGUUCAAAAAAGCUUUGGAUGAAAAUCAUCCUGAUGGGUCCGGAUUGUGGCUUGAGGAUGUUAAUAAUGUUGCUCAAAUCGUUUAUGACGAAGUGGAGGAAGUGCAAGCUGCUUGCACAUUUUUAUCUCAAGUAAACAUUGCUAUCGAUGAAAACGACGCUGAAUUGACUUAUGACUCUCUGCGAUCAACCGGCCUAAAUAUAAAUCCAAAGUAUAAGGAGGAAUAUCACAAAUUCUUGCAUAACAUGAAACAGCAUAAGUUACAAAACUUCUUUGGCCCAUACGUUCGUCAUGUAACAAAUAGAGGAAAUGUAGCGUAUAUGGAUAUGACCCAGGAGAAAUAUACCUGGGACAAACCAGAUGGUACUUUGGAAACAUAUUACAUCAGCAAAACUGAUAUCCAGGAUAUUAUACACAAAGUGGAGAUCGACAAUCGUAAAAAAAACUUAAGCAGGAUUAACGAGAAAGCAAUUGUUAAGCUGCAGUCGAUGAUACGAGGAUAUUUAUUGCGUAAAAAAAUAUCCGAUCGCUUUGCCAAAUUUCAUAAUAAUAUUGAUAAAAUUAUCAGUAUUCAGAGAUGGUGGCGGCGAAUUUUACAGCAAAAGUAUUCUGCUACUAUCUUGAUAAGGAAUGCCAAUGAAGAAAAUAAUCCCCAGCAAAAACAUGAAAAUAUUUACGAUCAAUGCAAAAAAGAGGAAGAGAAGGUGAUUAAAAUUCAGGCCUUAUGGCGUGGGAGAGCGGCAAGGAGAGCUUUGCACUCUCUUCUUCAUCUUGACAAACCGCCAUUUUCAAGUGUAAGAAAUUUCCUACCAAUUUUAGACUUUAAUGCCGAAGACUACGAUGAGGAUCUUCAAUUACAGCAAAUUAGAACUGAAGUAGUUCAAACAAUAAGACAUAAUCAGAACCUCUUACAACAGUUGAAUGACAUGGACAUUAAAAUCGGACUCCUCAUACAGAACAGAAUAACUCUGCAGGAUGUAGUGGUACAUGGAAAACACCUGGAAUCGCUUGCAAAAGAUAAGAAUACAAAUAGAACUAGAAAGAAUUCGUUCAACGAAGGAUCUUCACACAAAGGACUAAAGUCUCUGACCAAAGAGGGGCGUAAGAUGCUGGAAGGAUACCAGCACCUCUUUUAUGCCCUACAAACUAAUCCUACAUACUUAUCAAAACUUUUAUUCCUCUUGCCGCAGAGCAAGACCAACAAGUUUUUGCAAAAUGUUAUCCUUACACUAUUCAAUUUUGGCUCGAAUAUGAGGGAAGAGUACUUACUGCUAAAACUAUUUCGCAGCGCUCUUCAAGAAGAAAUUCGAUCUAAAUUUGAAAAACCUUCAGAAGUAGUGACUGGAGAUCCAUUGGUGUUAAAGAUGGUAGUCACUUACGCCCGUCAAUUGAGUGGGAAAAAUCCUUUGCGCCAAAUAGUGGGCCCAAUCAUACAGAAAAUACUCGCCGAUAAGAAGAUAAAUAUCGAAACGAACCCUGUUGAUAUAUAUAAGUGCUGGAGGAAUCAGUUAGAAAUGGAAACAGGGCAAACAUUAAAUCUUCCAUACACAGUGACUCAACAGGAGGCAUUGACCUAUGAACAAGUGCGACACAGACUCGACAAAGGCAUAACACUUUUGAAGAGUACAGUUAUGGAGUUUCUGACGACAAUUACAGAGUCUCGCAAGCUAAUUCCAUUCGGUAUGCUCUACAUGGCCAAAGUGCUCAAUGACACUUUGACUGAAAAGUUUCCAAAUGCUGCUGAAAAAGAUAUCCUGAAAGUUGUCGGAAACUUGGUUUACUAUCAUUUUAUCAACGCAGCUAUUGUCGCACCCGAUGCAUUUGACAUCAUUACUCUACCUGUAGAUAGAUCACUUUCUAACGAUCAAAGACGAAAUUUGGCUAGCAUAGCCAAGAUCCUACAAUUUGCUGCAUCUAAAAAAGGGUUUGGCGAAGAAGCCAUGCAUCUGGUGUGCCUUAAUCCAUUCAUAAUUGAGUGUCAUGAGAAGUUUAAAAAAUUCUUCCGUUAUUGCUGCCAAAUUGAUGAGCUGGAAGAGCAUUUCCGUAUACACGAGUUCACAGAAGCAACUCUAAUACAUAAACCUGACAUUUACAUAUCUCUCCAAGAAAUUUGCGACACUCACAGCCUCGUUGUUGAAUAUCAGUAUCAAAUUGCUCCCGACCCUCUAGAUCCUCUCCACGAGCUUUUAGAUGACCUGGGACAAACACCGACGGUGGCUUCAUUAAUGGGAAUAACCGAUCCUAUUUGCGAGUCUAAUAUGAUUCGUCUUGGAAAGACAGAGGUCUGCUUGAUAUUGACAAACAAGUUUGAGGUACCUGAUAGUAACGAUUCAAGUCUGAACAAACUUUUUAUUAAAACGAAAGAGCUGUUGGUGUCAGUGUUGCCGUUCUUGAAAGGGGACUCAUUAGCGGAUGCUUUGGCGAACAACGCAACACCAAUUGAAGAGAAGCGUUAUGACAAAAAAUCGUACUUACCGAGCUCGGUAAAAACUGUCCAUAAAAGUUCUUCCUUGAACGAUUGUAAAGCUCAGCUGCGUGCAUAUCUCAGCAAACUGGAACUUGGAGGGUGGGUGUCGAGGGCAGAUGGUUAUCAAAACAUAAUAACUGCAGUGGCAAAAGAUCUUUGCCAUAAAAGCAAGUACAGGAUUCUCAGAAGAACAGAACUACAAACACUCAGAGCGACAAAACAAAGUCUUGACCAGAAAACUAAGUACUAUGAAGAACAGGUACAAUUUUACAAUGAGUACAUACAUCGAUGCUUGGAGAACCUCAACACUGGUAAAGGGUCUUUGCACGCCUAUAAGACGAUUCAAAAGAACAAUCACGGUAAGUUAAAGUCCAAAAUGACGUUGAAAUAUUCGGCAGCUAAGCUUCAAGAGAAAGGGGUACUGCUAGAAGUGGAUGGACUUCCGCAUUCACAGUUCAAGAAUGUAAUAUUUGAGAUAAGUCCGACGGAACACAACGGAAUUUUUACUGUUCGGGGUAAAUUCAUGGGAGUUGAAAUGGAAAAGGUCGAUGUAGAUAUCCAGAAAUUGCUUCAGCUACAAUUCGAAGGUGCUCCUAUAAUGGAUAUGUUUGGAAAGGCAAAGAUCAAUGUCAAUUUGCUUCUAUUCCUCUUAAAUCGAAAAUUUUAUGGGAAAACCUAAAUACUGAAGAAUGAAUGACAAAUGAAAUUCCUCAAUAUGAAUAUCUAAUUAACAAAUCAAAUUUGACCUAGUUGUGAGGGCACACUGUGAAUAAGACUGAAUCUCUCCGAACAUAAAUCGUGUGAAUUAGUAGUUUCAAGAACAAGCAAGCUUUGCUCCAAUUAAUCGAUGAUUAAAUACUAUGUAUGAUUUUUUUUAUAUCACAAAAUAAUUAUAUGUCUAACCGUACUUAUGUUCAGUAAAAUUUUAUACUUUAAUAUUUAUGUUGUUGCGCCAGCUAAAAAGAUGUAUAUACACGUGAAACAUGUAAGAUAUAAUCCAAAUAAUCGUAUUUAAUUGUAAAUUUCACUUCUACACGCAGAAAUAUAUUUUAAUCUGAAUAUACGACCGGUUUGCUUCUACUAUUACAAUCAAAGGCUCAAAUUCUCCCGCUUUACUUCACUUGGGCAAUAAAAUGCUGAUAAAAUGAAUUUAAAGGUACAGGCAAGAGAAAGAUAUAGAUGCCGAGUUUACACAUGAAGUUUUCACGCAUUUAAUUCAGAUGACUUGAUUACUACAUGCCAUAAAAUUCUGUGCAUAAGUUGUAACCAUCUUAUCGUAAAGCGCGUCUGUUUUUAAAUAUCUAUUUAUUUUAUAAGAGUUCAUAAUUUGAUAUUACAUACGUACAAUAAUAUAAUAGAUAGCGCAAUAUUUUUUGGACAGUAUUAGACAUAGUAUGACAAGUUGGUAUCCUUACUAUCAUGAGACGGUGCUGCAAUUUGUUGAUCAGAAACUGUGUUUAUAAAGAAUGCUUUUUACAGCUCUACCGCAAAUGGCAAAAAACACUAUUUAUCAAGUAAGUAAAAUAAAAUAAGAGAGUGAAAAUAUUUUUUAAAGUGGACAGGCAGACUUACUGCGAAAUUAACUCUACUGAUCGACUGUACAUAUAUGUAUAUUUUGUAUUCACAAUUACCAUAUAAAUUGAAAGACUGUCUGUCCAAUUUCUAUGACACAUAAAUAAAAGGCAAUUCUUGACACAAUCGUACACGAAAUAAAUAACUUAACCGUUCUUUAGCGCUUUCUUAUUCUAAUUGUUAUUAACACUAUGUCAAAGAGCAUAACUGUAAUUACAAAUUGAAAUAUCAUACUUCGAUGCUGCACCGUCAAUGUAAGGUAAGGCAUAUUUUUUUUAGCUUUUCAAAGUCCCUGGGCACUUUGUGCUCCUUCGAUAGUGAUUAGCUAUUAUACUAAAAUACUAUGAUGUUUAAAUUGUGUAUAGUAUCAUUAUUGUUAUUAUUAUUAUUACUAUGAUUUAAAGGUCUCUGAGCCUAAUGUAAUGUAUAUUUCUAUACUGUAGGUACGUAUUUAAUCAUAAAAUUAUCUUAUAGUGUACUUAACGAGCGAACAGAAGCCUUGGUAACUUUAUGCGGUCAGAUUAAGUUAUUGUGUAGAUGGUACAGCUGCAUGUGUUUUAAAGGCCUGUGAAAAGUGGA